AUGUCUGAAUAUAUUUGGGCAACAGAAGACGAGAAUGAUGAGCCCAUUGAAAUACCCUUAGAAGACGACGGAACAGUAUUGCUGUCCACAGUUACCGCCCAGUUUCCAGGGGCAUGUGGCCUGCGAUACCGGAAUCUGGUGUCUCAGUGUAUGAGGGGUAUCCGGCUGGUGGAAGGAAUUCUGCAUGCCCCGGAUGCUGGCUGGGGCAAUCUGGUAUAUGUGGUCAACUAUCCCAAAGAUAACAAAAGGAAAAUGGAUGUGAUAGAUGCUUCCUCGGCCAUGAAAGUGAAAAGAGCAGUCCAGAAAACAUCUGAUCUAAUAGCGCUGGGUCUCCCUUGGAAAACAACAGAACAAGAUCUUAAAGACUAUUUCAGUACUUUCGAAGAGGUUCUUAUAGUUCAGAUCAAGAAAGAUCUUAACACUGGUCACUUAAAGGGGUUUGACUUUGUUCGAUUUAAGGAAUAUGAAACCCAAGUGAAAGUGAUGUCACAGCGACAUAUGAUAGAUGGGCGAUGGUGUGACUGUAAACUCCCCAAUUCUAAGCAAAGCCCAGAUGAGCCUUUGAGAAGCAGAAAGGUGUUUGUUGGGCGUUGUACAGAAAACAUGACUGCUGAAGAGCUUCAGCAGUUCUUCUGCCAGUAUGGAGAAGUGGUAGAUGUCUUAAUUCCCAAACCAUUCAGGGCUUUUACCUUUGUUACCUUUGCAGAUAAUAAGGUUGCCCAGUCCCUUUGUGGAGAGGAUUUGAUCAUGAAAGGAAUUAGCGUGCAUAUAUCCAAUACUGAACCUAAGCAUAAUAGCAAUAGACAGUUAGGUGGAAUAUUUGGUGGUAAUCCAGGUGGCUUUGGGAAUCAGGGUGGCUUUGGCAGUAGAGGGGGCGGUGCUGGCUUGGGAAAUAACCAGGGUGGUAACAUGGGUGGAGGAAUGAACUUCCGAGCUUUUAGCAUUAAUCCAGCGAAGAUGGCUGCAGCCCAGGCUGCAUUGCAAAGUAGUUGGGGUAUAAUGGGCAUGUUAGUCAGCCAGCUGAACCAGUCAGGUCCAUCUGGUAAUAGCCAAAGUCAGGGCAGCAUGCAGAGGGUACCAAAUCAGGCUUUUGGCUCCGGAAAUAAUUCCUACAGCGGUUCUAACUCUGGGGAUCCUCUUGGUUGGGGGUCGGAAUCCAAUGCAGGGUCAGGCAGCGGUUUCAAUGGAGGCUUCGGCUCCAGCUUGGAUUCUAAAUCCUCUGGCUGGGGCGUGUAG